AUGUCCUGGGAGACAAACAUUCUUGGCUCAGCCAUGAAUAACUGUGUGCUCCUGGAGGAACUGCUGAUCAAAAAAUCCCAGCAGAAGAGAAGGACUUCACCCUCCAACUUCAAAGUGCGCUUCUUUGUCUUAACCAAAUCCAAGCUGGCUUACUACGAACAGCGCCACGGGAAAAAAAGGACUUUGAAGGGUUCUGUGGAACUUUCCAGGAUUAAAUGUGUGGAAAUUGUGAAAAGCGACAUCAUCAUUCCCUGUCAGUAUAAAUACCCUUUCCAGAUUGUCCACGAUAGCUACAUACUCUACGUGUUUGCACCCAACCGUGAGAGCCGGCAGAGAUGGGUCUUCACACUGAAGGAAGAAACUAGAAACAACAACAGCUUGGUUUCAAAGUGUCAUCCAGAUUUUUGGUUAGAUGGCAAGUGGAGAUGCUGUGCUCAGACAGAGAAGAUGGCACUUGGCUGUGUGGAGUAUGAUCCCUCCAAAAAUGCCUCAAAGAAGCCUCUUCCUCCCACUCCUGGAGAUAACUGGGAAUUGUUUCUAUACCCCAAGGAAGCCUUGGUCAUAGCCAUAUAUGACUAUGAAGCCCAGAAUCCACAGGAGCUGACUUUACAAUAUAACGAGGAAUAUUAUGUGAUUGACAGCUCUGAGGAACAUUGGUGGCUGAUUCAAGAUAAGAAUGGGCACGAAGGCUACGUGCCAAGCAGCUACCUGGUGGAAAAAUCACCCGAGAAUCUGCAAAUGUAUGAGUGGUACAACAAGAACAUCAGCAGAAGCAAAGCAGAAGCUCUCCUCAGGGAUGAGGGUAGGGAAGGCGCCUUCAUGGUGAGAGAUUCGAGGCAGCCUGGCAUGUACACAGUCUCUGUUUUCACCAAAGCAUUAAGCACAGACAACAAUCCUGUUAUAAAGCAUUAUCACAUCAAUGAGACAACUGACUUUCCCAAGCGGUAUUACUUGGCAGAAAAGCACGUGUUUGACUGCAUCCCUGACCUCAUCAACUACCACCAGCACAAUGCAGGAGGUCUCGUCACUCGGCUCAGGUAUGCAGUGUCUUCGUGGAGAAAGAAGGCCCCGAUCACUGCAGGGCUGAGCUAUGGGAAAUUGGUCAUUAAUGCCUCUGAGCUCACCCGUGUGCAGGAGAUUGGCAGUGGUCAGUUUGGGGUGGUCUACCUUGGCUACUUGCUGGACAAGACAAAAGUAGCCAUAAAGACCAUCCGUGAGGGAGCAAUGUCUGAAGAGGAUUUCAUUGAGGAAGCUAAAGUCUUGAUGAAGCUGUCUCACCCCAAGCUAGUCCAGCUUUAUGGUGUGUGCUUUGAGAACACUCCCAUAUGCCUGGUGUUUGAGUUCAUGGAGAAUGGCUGCUUGUCUGACUACCUCAGGAGCCAGCGGGGCACUUUUUCAAAGGAAACCCUGCUGGGGAUGUGCCAAGAUGUGUGUGAAGGAAUGACUUAUCUGGAACAAAACUCUGUCAUCCACAGAGACCUGGCUGCCAGGAACUGCCUGGUGGGGGAAUCCCAGGUGGUCAAAGUGUCCGACUUCGGGAUGUCAAGGAUUGUCCUUGAUGAUCAGUAUACCAGCUCCUCGGGUACCAAGUUUCCAGUCAAGUGGUCUGCUCCAGAGGUUUUCUCCUACAGCAACUAUAGCACCAAAUCUGACGUUUGGUCAUUCGGAGUGCUGAUGUGGGAGGUCUUCAGUGAAGGUAAAAUCCCCUAUGAGAAUCGCACCAAUGCAGAAGUGGUGGAAGAAAUCAAUGCAGGAUUUCGGCUCUACAAACCCAAGCUGGCCUCCAAGGCAAUUUAUGAUGUCAUGAGCCACUGCUGGAGGAUGAGGAAAGACGAGCGGCCAGCCUUUUCUCUUCUGCUGUUCCAGCUGAGUGAAAUCUCUGAGUAUGAUCUGUAA